CGUGUUGUAGUACAAAAUUCGUUAAUGCGUGUACCAUCCACUAUACGGUCAAUACUUGCACUAGAAUUUAUGACACGUCUACAAAUAUGCGUACAAGGCCAGACGUGGACUAUAAAUAGAUCGCGCAUCACUUUACGGGCUUACCCACUUACCACCAAGGAAGCAAAAUACGUGGCAGGCUUUCUAUUAAAAAUCUUCACGCAAUCUGGUGCACCGACUAUCUUACAGUUCGACAAUGGGAAAGAAUUCGUGGCGUCUAUAAUAAAAGAAAUAGUUGCGCUUCCAAAAUAA